CAUCUUACACAGGUUACUUAGAUGAACAUAUGGAGAAACAAAAUCAUACAGCUAUCACCAUGGUGACCGAGUUUGUUCUCAUGGGCAUUACCAACAACCCCAGGCUUCAAGCUCCUCUCUUCGCGAUCAUCUUCUCUGUAUACUUGGUCACGGUGGUUGGCAAUCUGGGCAUGAUUAUCCUGACCCAUUUGGACUCCAAACUACACACCCCCAUGUACUUUUUCCUUAGACAUUUGUCAAUUACUGAUCUGGGUUACUCCACUCUCAUUGGUCCUAAAAUGAUGGUAAACUUUGUAGCUCACAAAAAUGCAAUUUCCUACAAUUGGUGUGCCACCAAGCUGGCCAUUUUUGAGAUCUUCAUCAUCUCUGAAUUGUUUAUUUUAUCAGCGAUGGCCUAUGAUCACUAUGUGGCCAUCUGCAAACCUAUUCUCUAUAUGAUCAUUAUGGCUCAGAGAGUACGUUGGUUGCUGGUAGUCACUCUAUACAGUACAUUUGUGUCCCUGCUUCUGACCAUGAAGUUAUUUCAAUCAUCCUUCUGUGGUGCGAACAUCAUCAACUAUUUUUACUGUGACUCUGUCCCACUGAUGUCCAUGCUCUGUUCUGACACACGUGAAUUGGAAUUGAUCAUUUUGAACUUUUCAGGAUGUAACUUGCUCUCCUCCCUUUUGAUUGUUCUUCUAUCCUAUGUGUUUAUUCUUGUGGCCAUCCUCCGAAUGAACUCAGCUGAAGGAAGAUAUAAAGCCUUCUCCACUUGUGGCUCCCAUCUGACAGUGGUGGUUGUAUUCUAUGGNNNNGUUUUUUUCUUGUACGUUGGGUGGAAGUUUACAGUAGAUCAUCAGUUUCAUAUUCAAGGAUUCAUGCACAUUCUGCUUCUUCUAAUUCAUUGUAAUUCCUGCAAUGCAACAUUGCUCAUUCCUUCUUGUGUUUCUUGUCUUACUUCUUCGUUCUUUCCUAAACUUUCGAAAUGCAGCAACUGGUUCUGGGGGAAGGUGAAGAGUUUCCCUAAGAAUGACGCCCCCAAGCAUAUCAACCUCACAGCCUUCCUUGGCUCUGUGGUUGGGGAGUGGGAGAGGGAGGAGAGGGGGCAGCCACAUGUGCAUGAGAUUGACAGACUAGGGUCCAAGGAAGUGAUGGAGGCCAUGACCACCUUGGAGACUGCUCUCAUAGUGGUGGUGAGCAUAGCUGGAGAAGUUGAAACAUCUCACAGCCACUGGACCUUCAAGGUGGUCUUUGCUGAGCAUAUCAAUGGUGAGUGCGAGCGGCACUUCUGCAAGAAUGGACAUGAGUUGAAGAAGGACGCUUUUACCAAGCACUGA